UCGGUGACGGAGCCGCGGCAGAAAAGCGGCAGGAGCGGCCACCACCGAGUCAGAGCGCCGCAGACUGAAAGCUCCGUGUCCGCGGAGACAUGGAGACACCGGGGAGGACGCCGACCACCCUGGACUUCACCGUGGAGAACGUAGAAAAGGCUCUUCACCAGCUCUACUACGACCCAAACAUCGAGAACAAGAACCUGGCCCAGAAAUGGCUGAUGCAGGCUCAGGUCUCUCCUCAGGCCUGGCAGUUCUGCUGGGCUCUCCUCAGCCCAGAUAAGGUUCCAGAGAUCCAGUACUUUGGGGCAAGCGCUCUGCACACUAAGAUCUCUAGGUAUUGGUCGGACAUCCCGUCAGAUCAGUACGAGACUCUAAAGACUCAGCUCUUCUCUCAGAUCGCCUGCUUCUCCUCGGGCUCUAAGAUGGUUCUGACCCGUCUCUGCGUGGCGCUCGCCUCUUUGGCGCUCAACACGAUGCCAGAGGCGUGGCCCGGUGCUGUGGCGGAGAUGGUGCGAGUGUUCCAGGAGGAGGGGGGAGGGGUAGAUGGACGGGCACGCUGCCUAGCUCUGUUGGAGCUGCUCACCGUCCUGCCAGAGGAGUUCCAGACCAGCAGACUGCCACAGUACAGGAAGGGACAGGUGCGAGGCGCUCUGGGCAGAGAGUGGGGGUCGGUGUGUCCGUUGCUGCAGCAGCUGUUGAGGCGGACAGACAGCCCUGGGGCAGUGAAGGCUCGCGUGCUGCGCUGCCUGUCGUCAUGGGUGCUGCUGGAUGUCCCCCUGAAUGAGAGCGAAGACCUCAUUCACGACUGCUUCAGCGCCCUGCCUGACCCUGAGCUGUUCGACACCGCCGUAGAGGCCAUCGUGAACGCCGUGUCUCAGCCCGACUCCCAAAGGUAUGUGAACACCUUGCUGAAGCUUGUUCCCCAGGUUCUCGCUCUGCAGGAUCAGCUCAGAGAGGCCGUCCAGAGCGGAGACAUGGAGACCUGCCACGGGAUCUGCCGCAUCGCUGUCACACUGGGAGAGAACCACUCCAGGACUCUGCUGGAGCAGGUCGAUCACUGGCAGAGCUUCCUGGCUUUAGUCAACAUGAUCAUGUUCUGUACAGGGAUCCCUGGUCACUACCCGGUCAACGAGACCACCAGCUCGCUCACGCUCACCUUCUGGUACACGCUACAGGAUGAGAUCAUGUCGUUUGAGACGGAGAAACAGGUGAUCUACCUGCAGGUCUAUAGGCCUGUGUAUUUCCAGCUGGUCGAUGUUUUACUGCAUAAAGCUCAGUUCCCGUCGGACGCCGAGUACGAGUCCUGGUCGUCUGACGAGAAGGAGCAGUUCAGGAUCUACAGGGUGGACAUAUCGGAUACACUCAUGUAUGUGUAUGAGAUGUUGGGGGCGGAGCUUCUGAGUAACCUGUAUGAUAAACUGGGCAGACUGCUUACCAAUGAGCAGCCGACUUCCUGGCAGCACACAGAAGCGCUGCUGUACGGCUUCCAGUCCAUCGCAGAAACCAUCGAUGUAAAUUAUUCAGACGUGAUCCCUGGUCUGAUCGGACUCAUCCCCAGAAUCACCAUCAACAACGUGCAGCUGGCUGACACCGUCAUGUUCACCAUCGGUGCGUUGGCGGAGUGGUUGGCCGAUCACCCUGUGAUGCUCAGCAGCGUGCUCCCUCUGGUGCUGCAGGCUUUAGGAAACCCCGAUCUUUCCGUUUCUUCUGUUUCUACAUUGAAGAAGAUUUGUCGGGAGUGUAAAAACGACCUCCCUCCGUAUGCCUCUAACAUCGUGGCCGUCUCACAGGAGGUUCUCAUCAAACAGAUCCACAAGACCAGUCAGUGUAUGUGGUUGAUGCAGGCGCUCGGCUUCCUGCUCUCCGCUCUGCCCGUGGAGGAAAUCUUAAGAAACCUGCACUCGCUCAUCACGCCGUACAUCCAGCAGCUGGAGAAACUAGCUGAUGAGACGCCGAAUCCCUCCAAUAAACUAGCGAUCAUCCACAUCUUAGGCCUGCUGUCCAACCUCUUCACCACGCUCGACAUCAGCAAGCAGGACGAUGAAUCAGCGGACGGAUCAGCCCCGCCUGUGAAAACGUCUCCACCUCCUCCUGGACCCAACCCGGUGGUGGUGGUUUUACAGCAAGUGUUCGCUCUCAUACAGAGCGUGCUCAGUAAGUGGCUCAAUGACUCCCAGGUAGUGGAGGCGGUGUGUGCCAUCUUCGAGAAGUCGGUGAAAACUCUCCUUCAUGACUUCGCUCCGAUGGUUUCUCAGCUCAGCGACAUGUUGGGUCAGAUGUACAGCACCAUCCCUCAGAGCUCCGCCCUCGACCUCACCCGACAGAUGGUGCACAUCUUUGCCAGUGAGACAGAUCACUUCCCUCCAAUCAAGGCUCUGUUUGAGCUGGUUACCACGGUAACGCUGUCCAUCUUCCAGCAAGGACCCAGGGAUCAUCCUGAUAUUGUUGAUUCAUUUAUGCAACUCCAAGCUCAGGCCCUCAAACGCAAACCAGAUCUGUAUUUAUCCGAGAGCCUGGACGUGAAAGCAGUUUUCCACUGUGGAGUUCUGUCGCUCAAGUUUCCUGAAGCUCCCACUGUUAAGUCAACGUGCCUGUUCUUUACUGAGUUGUUGCCUCACUGCUCGGAUAUCCCACCAUUGGCUCAAGUGGUGCAGGAGGACGGAAAGUUGCUGAUCACAGCUGUGCUGGAGGGCAUUGGGGGCGGAGCUUCUCGGAGUCUGAUGGAUCAGUUCGCUGAGGUUUUGUUCUCUCUUAACAAACACUGUUUCUCGCUGCUCGUCGUGUGGCUGAAGGAGGCGCUGCAGCCGGCAGGUUUCCCUUCGUCACGCGUCACAACAGAACAGAAGGAGCAUUUCUCUCAACAGAUUCUCAGAGAGCGUGUGAACAAGAGGAGGGUGAAGGACAUCGUGAAGGAGUUCACGCUGCUGUGCAGAGGACUCCACGGGACAGAGUACGCUGCCGAGUACUGACCCACCUGAACGCCACCUCAGUGAAGACCACAUGAGCUGAUUGUACUGAAGACACCUGGAACCAGAUCGACAGAGGCCCCUUGUCUGCCUCCUCUUUCCUCUUCCUCAAAGAGCAGCGCUCCCAGCAUGCUGCCCCCCUUCCCCUUAGGUCUGUGCGUGGUUCCUCGGCUGUUUCCUGGUGAUAGCAUAUGAAACGGUAGUGGUGUUGUACGUAGCUACUUGACAUAAUUUCAGAUAAUUAUAUAAUGUUUAUGUAAACCCGUAUAGACGGAUGGUGUGACGAAAAGGACCAACAUGAAAAUAUCCAAACAUGUCUGUGACUUUGUUCUUUAUUAUAAAUGCCUUCAGAGCAAGCAGAGACUCUGCAUGCUCUCCUCCAUCUUGCACACUUGCAAUUUUCACACAUGCACUCCCGAAAAAGUCCUGAAAUCAGACGGGCUGCACCUGAAUCUUCUUUAGCUGCUUGGUCACACAUCCACCCCGCAGUGGGGGUGGCAGAUUUUCACUGCCUGAUAGGUGGACAAAGCUGAGGAUGUGAUGAUAAUUUCCUCAACGCUGCAUAUGCUUAUCCUUUGUAUAAAAAUAGAUCUACUCAUUGUAAACGAUACACCGGCCACAUACUUAUAUACAUCUGCUUUGUUGGUGUGGAUGUUAAAACUGAAUCCAGAGGUCGAUGUCUCACUCUGAGUCAUUUUGAAGUUUGCACUCUGCAACUUUGUUUUUAAGACUCUUUUUUUCAAGCACCUAAGAUGCUGUAGUUGUGGAAACUGGUGUUCUCGACUAGCUGAGCCUCAGGACCCACAAUCAAGAAAUUGCAGCUAAGGCUUUUAAGAAUAACUGCAUUCUUGCAAGUGAAUAAAGUCCGCAUUUUGUGCAUUAUUUUUUUAUUACAUGUGUAAUUGUCCCUUUCAGCACACUAUGCUUAAGCCACAUCAGUGCCUCCCUGCAGCCACAGUGAUGUAAAAUAAUUAAACCAAAACUCACAGCUCAGUGGACAAGUCAAGAGCUUGUCUUAUCAAACAUUUACCUGUUCCCUUAUUUUCUUUUCAAUCCAUGUUAAGUUCCUUUUUCUGUGGUUAACUUUAUCUACCUAUAGAAGCAAGUCUGUAUCCAAACAGGAGGUAAAUUACCCUCUGUUUAAUGAUGCAAAACAGUUUUGAAUGCAUUUUUGACUUUCAAAAUGUCAUAAAAUAGUUCUGAAUAACUGUGAUAAAUCACAGAAAUUCUAAGAUUAAGAGAAAUUAAAAAGUUAACCUUUUGACAGCCCGAAUAGCAACCCAGACUUCUUCUGAUAUUUUCUCACCCAAUCAGGUUUAUUUAAUGCAGUUUUUUUUUUUUUUAAGUUUGACCUCAGAAAGGACCAAAUGUGACAAAUCAAAGAGGUCAAAACAAGCAUGUUUUAAGGGAGCUUCAUGGGUGUUUUGGCACAAUUUUCAUUUCCAGGAACACAUUAGCAACCCACUGUAAAGAAUUCUGUGACUCACUUUGGGGUCCAGACCCAGACAACCACUGUUGUAAACAUCACAAGAUAACCGUCUUUGGCUGAAACUGUGAAACUAGCUUGACAUGCCAGAUCAACCAUUUCACAUCUCCAUGGUGUGGGAUUUAUUUAAAAUCCAUCAGGGCAGCACCCCAUAGAUGGUGAACCUUUCAGAGAAGAAACUCUUAGUGUGAUUGUACGAAGGUUCACAUUCAUUAAGAGCCAAUCAGAGCGACAGAACAUAUGUUAUGGGCGUGUACCACUGCCAAGAACUAAACUACAUGACAUGAUCUUGACAGGCAGCCAUUGUCAUGUCAGUCCAGGAUUCUUCUAUAUCAGUGGAGUCGGUUUGUGAAUUACUCUUACUGAAGUUGUUCAGGAGAACCAGGGAAGUCUUUCAGUGUGGCUCUUUGCUCGUCUUUAGUAGAGAAAUGUCCAGUUCUGAUCAAACUGCUGCAGUAGUUGAGUCCAUGCUGAACUCUUCACUGUACGCCAUCAUUUACACACUUGUAGCUACCACCUUUUUCUCCUCUAAUGAUGCUGAUUGGCCCGGUUAAUCUCUACCCACGAAACAAACAUAUGAGCUUAAAUCCUUGUAAGAUGGAUCCAUCUGACAACAUCUAUCAGCUUUGCAAGGUUAGAAACCACUGUGUAAACGUGGCCUUAAUGUUGCAGUUUCAUUUUAUUCACCUAGAAUGGCAUCAGUCCUCUGUUCUAAAGCUAUCAUCAUCACCCCCUCUGCCAGGGGGCGAGGAUGACGAUAUUCUCACAGUGAAUUCUGCUGAAAAUUCUUGCUGCAUUCACACACAUCCUGACUGUGAUGAAUAAUUAACUUGGACAAAUUCAGCUGUAUGCAUUUACUCUUGCUGCUCAUGCUGAAUAUGUCAGGACCUUUUCAGGAGUUUUGUGCAUGUGUGAACAGGGCUCCGGUGUGCUUGGGGGUGCUUCUGGAAUCACACCUGAGGGGGGCAGCAGAAGCAUUUAUAUCAGCUGAGUGUUUGAAGGAAAAAUAAUCUGUAACCGUGCAAAAAUAUUAAUCAAGUUGUGCAUAUUAACAGUUAUAUACGUGUCUGUGUGAGUGUGAGAGAUUGAGCGAGUGUGUGCGUGUGCGACUGUGUGUAUGCUUCCACCUGUUCAGUGCACUUAUAAUGGACCUACAGUCACAUUCAAAACUUCCCCUUUUACCUUCUCACAGACAUCAUUGACAUUUAUCAACCCAUGACUCAUUGUUGAGACUGAUCCAAGGUUCAGUCACAAAGCCGAGGUCAGACUACAAAAUCUAUUGGUCAGUUCUAUAGUCACUGUGUCAGAUUAGAAGAUCAUAGAGCUGUAAAAACUGUAAAACCCGACCAAAUAUCACAGUUGACAUGGUGAACUUCUAAAGAAGAGAAGAAACUGUACAAGGUGAUUUUUUUUUUUAGAAUUUGCCUGUUUUGGUUUAAAGGAUAGGACAUAUGCAAAGUUAUCGGUGUAGAUAAUAUUAUGACAUGCCGGCGUUUAUCUUUAAAGGCACAGGAUGAAACAUUGAUAAAGCUGGGGUUGUUGGGGGCUCUUUCUCUCUAUUUUUGACAAAUAGUAGGCCAUAGAUGCUAACAAAGUACAGUCAACAUGAGGGAAAGAUUGUUGGAAUAUAUGUGUUCAAAUAAUGAUGGAGAGAUGAAGUAUGCUGAAUUUAUUUACAACUCGUCUGUUGUAUAGAAGUAUACCAAUCAUGUAUAAACAGGAGUGUGGAUGAUAGGACUAAAAGCCAGCAUUAUACAAAAAAAGGAUAAACUAUUUUAAAGGCUUUAAAGGAUGAUAUCAUCUGCAAAGGUUGACACCAUCUUUAGAGGAUGACCUCAUCUUUAAGGAUGACAUUCUCUAAUGGAUGACAUCCUUUGUAAAGUUUGACAUCAUCUUUAGAGGAUGACCUCAUCUUUAAGGAUGACAUCAUCUGUAAGGAUGACAUCUGUAAAGGAUGACUUAAUUUGUAAAAGAUGACAUAAUCUAUAAAGGAUAUCAUCAUCUGUAAGGAUGACAUCAUCUGCAAAGGUUGAACUCAUCUGUAAAGGAUGACAUCAUCUUUUAAGGAUGACAUCUUCUUUUUAGAAUCACAACAUCCCUAAAGAUGACAUCUGUAAAGGAUGACAUAAUUUGUAAAAGAUGACAUAAUCUAUAAAGGAUGACAUCUUCUGCAAAGGAUGACCUCAUCUUUAAAGGUUGAUGUCUUUUAAGGAUGACAUCAUCCCUCAGGAUGACAUCUUUAAAGGAUGACAUAAUUUGUAAAAAGAUGACAUAAUCUAUAAAGGAUUACAUCAUCUGUAAAGGAUGACAUCAUCUGUAAAGGAUGACAUCAUCUGUGAAGGAUGACACAAUCUAGAAAGGAUGACAUUGUCUGCAAAGGAUGACAUGAUUAGUAAAAGAAGUCCUAAUCUAUAAAGGAUGACAUCAUCUGUAAAUGAUGACAGCAUCUGUAAAUGACAACAUCUUUAACAGCAGAAGUUGGAAUGUAUGUAAAGCUGGGGGUGUUAGGGGCUGUCCACCCUUUAGGAGGCCAUAGUUGACACCUUCUGGAAAGAUGGAUGGGACUGUUGAGGAGAACUGGCCUCAACUCUGCCUGUCUGUUUCUACGUGGAUAUAAAGUUAGUUGGGGACAACUCUUUAUGAUUUUGAGGCUGGCACGAUGAUGUUAUUCAGACUAAUCCCAGUGUUUUUCACAGUCUUUGGUUGUAAUGAAUGAAGAUCAUCCACUCUUCAGCAGGCUGCUUAGUAUGCACUCUCCUUCUCACCAACAUUUAUCUAUAUUAGCCUAUCGUGGUAGUUGCUCGACAACCCAGCUUCAUGAUUCUUCUUUAGCUGCACCUUUUAGUUUGUUUACACUCACACAGACAUGAUUUUGUAAUGUAGAGGCUGUAGGCAAAGACUAGCAUGAGACCCUUCACCAUUUGGUCAAAAACAAAGUGAGCAAACUAAAUAUCUAGAAGCAUCUCUGUUGAGGUACCAAGGCCAGUGAACUACAGGAAAAGAGCAUUCAGACUCAAACUCGGUCCAUCCUAACAUUUGAACAUGUCUCUAGUCCAGGUGGAGCUUAGAAAAUAACAUUUGAUGCUCAGUAUCAAUGACAUAUCUGUUCUGACACUAAUCAGACAUUUGGAUUUAUUAUUUCAUUUACCACGCAGUAAUCCACCAAUUCAUCAUUUCAGUCUAUCUCUAGGUAUCUUCCUGAUCGUCAUUAACUUGAAAUGAAAACAUUUGGGGCUUUUUCAGGGGCUUGGACCUUUAUGUUGGGGCCAGGGGUCCUUCACAUGGACUCUUUGGAUAAUCAGGACCUAGUUUGAUGCCUUGUUAGUCACUCUUUCCCUCUCGUUAGUAAUUUCAGAGCUAUACCUCUUUAUUUGUCUGUAUCUUGAGGCUCCUCGGAUCAGAAGGUUUCAUGCAGUUGCCUACCUUUGCUUAGUGGUAAAACUACCAUAAAGCAAAACUGCUAAUUUUGUGCAGCGUAACGGGACAAAUUAUAGAAAACAUACAAAAACUCUAAAACCUUCUGUUGUGAGGCAUCCUAGAUGUGGCCUUCAUCUUCGUACACUGGAUGAAUAAAAUCACUGGUUUUUGGGACUGAUGUGUCUCCAAACCCUAUAAUGUUACCCUGUAGUCUGACCUCGGUAUAAAUCACCUGGAGCAUACCAGCCAGACUCAUUGAUCUGUGAUUGACUCCCUCCUUAGCUCUGAUACGAGAUGAUCAUUGAUCCUCAUCUUCAUCUCCCUCACACUGUGUCUCACCUUAUCUCAGUCCAAUCCUUCAGUCUGACCCGCGGUGCCUGCAGACAUGUAGCAUGUGUGUGUUAAUGGGGGGGUCAAAGUUUGUCACAAGUUACACAAAGAGUUGGGGAGGGCCGGGCUAUGAUAUGUACAUUGUUUUUUGUACCUCUGCUUUAAUUUAUUAAAUAUAUCAAAUAU